CAGGGGCUUGGAGGGCGGGGCAAGGGGCGGUGACUGGCGUGUCCGUAGGCCCCGCCUCUUCCGCUUCUCCGGCCUGACCUUCCUGCCGCUGGGCCUUCUGACAGACCCGACAUUGCCGUUUCUCUCGAUUCGGUCCGACGCGCCCCCCUCUAUCGCGACAUCAUGGUGGCCUACUGGCGACAGGCUGGACUCAGCUACAUUCGAUACUCCCAGAUCUGUGCUAAGGCAGUGAGGGAUGCCCUCAAGACAGAAUUCAAAGCAAAUGCAGAGAAGACUUCUGGCAGCAGCAUAAAAAUUGUGAAAGUGAAAAAAGAAUAAUCAACCCUGGCUAGAGCUUGAAAUGCUACAUUUUCACCACGAAGAUCUGUGGGUACAUGUCAUGGCAGAUUGAAAUGCAUGUCGCUUCGUUGGGGGGGAAAUACCUAUCUUAUUCAUAAAUUAAUGAUGCUAAUAAACUGAUGUGUGGUUCACUGUUA